AUGCACCGAGCCUACCAGCCAGCGUUACCGUGUGGCAACAAAUACCUCCAGCUAAAAUGGGACAAAGCCAAGUAUGAAGAACACAAGAAAAGGAUCCAGGCAGCCAAACCAGUAGUGGACACAAGUACCCCUGCAACAUACAGCCAUCUUCAUCUGAAACUAGGGAAGCUGAAGUUGGAGGAAGAUCGACUUUCAGUCAUCGAGAGAGAUAACCGUUUGCUGCUGGAGAAGAUGUCCUGCAUCAUGAGGACAAAAGGACAAAUCGACAAUAAAAAUGACUAUAAGGCCAAAAGUUUAAAUAGGGAAAAACGAAAGAAGGAGCUGCAGAGAGUAAGCCAAGAAAACCGUGCCAUUCUGGAUAGAAUUACAAAGUCCGAAUCUCAGUAUCAAGUUCAGAGGUGGUAUGAGGAUUGGCAACAAGCUGAAAAAUACAUGGCCAACAUUACGAGAUACCCUCAUGGGCAGCAUAAAGCACACAGCCAAAAG